GCAACUCUUUCAGUCGCCACACCCGCAAUGACACCCGCCGCAUUCCCCACGAGCGUCGCAACGCCCGUCAUCUCCGCCGUGCCCGCCGCGACGCCUGCCUGGCCCACCAUGACGUCCCCGGGCAGCUGGCCCUCGCCGCCCGAGUGGCUGUGGCAGAGCGCGCCGGGGGUCGCGCUGAUCCCGACGCUGGGGCUGAACCCGGUCGAGCCGUCGUACCCGCACCUCAAGUGGGACGUCGCGCACAUGCCGGCGGCGGCGACGGUGAAGCACGUCACGGGCCGCGUGCUCGUGAAGCCGAUCACGCCGAAGGAGUUCCGCCAGCCGGCGCUGUACCCGCCGCACCUCGACGUGCACGUCACGCUCGGCAACGUGCCCGUGGCGGCCGCGGUGCACGCGCGCUGGGGCCCGAUCGUCGUGCGCUGCAACGCCAAGGGCGACGUCUCGGUUGGAGACGUGCUCGACGGCGUGUACGCGUACUUUCAGCAGCCGCUAUACUUCGAGGACAUGUGUGCGUUCGAGAAUUGGCUCGGGAAGGGCGGGGACCCGAAUUACGAGGCACUCUUGGAUGCGUUCCGGCAACGAGUCAAGAACUCGGACAACUUGUCGGCGGUUGAAUGGAACCAAGGCUUCAAGCGCAUCGAUAUGCUUGGUGAUAACAGGAGGUGGUGCGGGCUAUACCGUGUCCCGCCAUCAGUUCCAGGUGACCAGACAGUGAGCUUCAAUCUAUACCUUUUGCAAGCAAGACGUGCUUGAAACUGGCAUAAAUCUCCCAUACGACCUUGGUUUGGCCCUAGUCAAUAGUUUCCAUGUUUCUCGACAUAUACGGACCCCUGCCUGGGAUUAUCAACGAUCGGACACGACGCUGAUGUACUUACGACUUUUCCUUACUCAAUCUGUAGCUUU